CCAUCGAGACAUACCAUCGAUUUCUUGAAAAGCCCGUUGCAGUCAGCGGAAAUACUCAGUGUCUAAGACGUUAGGCCAUCGCCAUUACAUCAUUGGCCUGUAAGCUGCAACUUUCCGAGACAUACUUUACGCAUCUUACACAUACCUAAGUACGCACACGCCUUAAACACUCCACCCACCGAUAAGUCGCGGCGUGUACGGUACACUAGUCAAGAUCACACGUGAAGAAACGACAACUCCGGAUUUCACUAUUCGUGGUCAAGUCUUAAACUUGAUUUCUUACCGGCCUUGAUUUGGCUUGGGUAAAUCAAGAAAAUCACCAAAUGUGCCAGGCGAUCGCCGCGGCCACUCAUAACUCCCCCAGCCCGCGAAAUGUCAACGACAAUACAAAUCACGAAUGGGCUCUCACCGGUGUCCGAGACGACGCCCGAAUCAUCGCCCGGACCUUCUCCGAAACGGCAUUGUCUUCAGGGCCCUCAAUAUAAUGCUAUAGAAGCACCCUCUCUAGGAGGACUCGCUGCCCGUGCAUGUGAGAAAUGUCGUGCGUCUAAACGUAAAUGCGACAAGAAGUUGCCUUUUUGUGAUAGAUGUAAGAGGUUGAAUGCGAAGUGUCACUAUGUUCAAGAUAUCACAAAUAAUGCGAACAAUCAAGGCACACAGUUUUUAAUAUAUCAACCUCGAUCGCUUUCUCACGAUGCUCUAUUCCGCGCAGCUGAACCCCUCGAAGGGGUCACAGCUUCGCAGAUCUUAUCUCUCAUCUCCACAACGGCAAGCCCAGCGGGUCAUCCACAAGUUGACUGGCGCUCAGCCAUAAACGCUUACUUCUAUUUUAUACAUUCAUGGUUUGCAGCAGUUCACCCGACUCUCUUCGAACGGCAAGUAGCGAAUUUAGUCGCUGCGAAUGAAUCCCCUCCUCAGUCAGAUACGCCGAGCUCACUAUCGAAUGGCCACGCCGAUCAGUCUUUUCCAGCCACUAAUUCUAAUACGAGUUCCGAAUGGCACUCCAAAACGGUAGCGCUGCUAAUAGUAGCCAUGUACCUAAAUACUCGAGUACGCAUCACGGAAGAGGGCGAGCAACCUAUCUUCGACGAAACGUAUAGAACCGUCAAACGACUACUGUCAUCACUAUUGCUAGGAUGCGUGGGGGAUCCGGUGCCAAGUAUAGAGCUCGUACAGUGCGGAGCAUUGGUGGCGCUGUAUGAAUAUGGUCACGGCGAAGUAGUUGCAGCGUACCAGACCUUAUGCCAGACGGUAGUUACGGCAAGGGUUAUAGAUAUCAAGCCGGGGCAUCUAGCUGACAGUGGAAACGAUACUAUUAUGCUCAGCAUUGAAGAGGAACAGAGUGGGUGUCUUUGGUGGGCAAUGUUUAUAUUGGAACAAUCUAUCCAUCAAGACGAAAGAGCAAAAGGCCUACCCUUCCUCCUCGAAAGUCCGAGCCGAAAUACUCUCCUCCCCGAGACGCCUCCCAUGACACCACCCGCGACCCAGGACGAGAACGGUUUCCCGAUGUCGCCUCCAAUUUCGCAAUCACCGAUACGGCACCUAAGCACCAGUGUGUUGAGGAGCAGCGAGAAAUUUGGUGGUUUUCAGUUAUCCGCGAAAACUGCAUGCCUCUUCCACCAUGCGAUACGUAUCGAUAAGGAGCGCGAUAGUAGGCCGGGAAAGAUGCCCCUAGUAGCAACAUAUGCGGAUCUCGAUCGCGAGAUUAGGGAGACCACGUUGACGUUGCUGCGUGAUACCCAGGAUUGGGAGUCUACGCUGGAUUGUUUUGCUAUGCUUGUUAGCGCGCUCUUUACACUCUACCUUCCGUAUCUCGCGAUCCUCGAGCACGCAACGGAUUCCGUAUCCUCCACUCUCGCGAAGAGCGAAGAGCUUAAAACAGCGCUCGCCGCGCUACGCUUCGCUUGCCAAAUGUCGACGGAUAUAUCGUGUAAACUAAACGCCGAUUUCGAGGCUACGCCAAGGUCACCAGCUCUUCUGUGCGCACCGGCAGGCGCUACGUGUUAUUUCGUUAUAGUGUUCUAUUCGAGCGCGUGUCGUAUAUUCCCCGAGGAGUAUGAUAAGUGCCAGGCGAAUAUUGCAGAGAAAUUUGAGAGUUUACGGUUGUUCAGUUUCCGGUGGGGGAUUGCUGAAAAAAUGAUGAGCCAGCUCGAGAAGAAGAUUGGAGUGGACCGAAACCACUACUUGAAGGGCUCAACACUAAAACCGCCGUCAUAUGCCAUGUGCUUCGAUUUCUUACGGCGAUAACAUUUGAUACCUCUCAACGAAACAUGCCAGCUGAUGUGGUACUACGAUGAGAAUUUGUUAUGAUAGUGAUGGUGUAUGACGCUCGUUUUAUAACCGUAGCGCUUAUGUAUUAAUGUGUAUGUGUAUACAUGUCGUGAUAUUUGGAGAUUUGGCGGAGCGAGGACGGUUCGGCUGAGAGGUUAA